CAGGCGCAUUGAAGCUGAGAGGAUAAUAUUACAGGCUGAUCCAGAGCCUUUCUGACGACAGGCAGCAAAGCAGAACACAUCUCUGAGCAAAUUCCUGGAAAACACUGGGAAAUCCAAGCUCCUUCCGAAUGGAAUUAUGAAAACCAAACCGUUAUCUAUGUGGCACCACACAUUUAAAAUCAAUUCAUUUAUCUAGGUGUCAACCAAGAGGGGUUAUCCAUUCUUCCAAAGGUUUACAGGCAUUGGAAACUACAGCAUUUAUUUUUUUAUUUUUUACUUGGUAUUUCAGAAUGAAAACUUUAUCAGCACACUCUCCUUGUUACAUUUUUUAUACUUUGUGAUUAAGAAGAAACAAGAUUUUGAGGACUGAGAAAAAAGAAUUGGGGAUUGGAUCAAUGAAGAAGGCAAAAUUAGAAGCUGAUUGUGUUGAACAAUCUUAAUAAGAAAUCACAAGAGACGCAGAAGGGGAGAUCUGAGAUGGCUGCAGGAGGAAUCACAACCUUUCCUACAGUACCUGAUGAUGGAGGCAGCAGUACCUUCCCUCCAGGAAACUUUAAGGAACCCAAAAGACUUUACUGUAAAAACGGAGGAUAUUUCUUGAGGAUAAACCCUGAUGGAAGAGUGGAUGGGAUCAGGGAGAAGGAUGACCCUCGCAUCAAGCUGCAACUCCAAGCAGAAUCAAUCGGAGUGGUUUCAAUCAAAGGGGUCUCUGCAAACCGUUAUCUCGCGAUGAAUGAAGAUGGCCGGCUAUUCGGGUCGAAAUGUACAACAGAUGAAUGCUUCUUCUUUGAAAGACUAGAGUCGAACAACUACAACACUUACCGCUCUCAGAAAUACCCGGAUUGGUAUGUAGCUUUGAAGCGGACUGGGCAGUUCAAGUCGGGAUCAAAAACAGGACCGGGGCAGAAAGCCAUUCUCUUUCUUCCAAUGUCAGCAAAGAGCUGAUUCGGUUCUGCCAGAAACUGCUGUUGCACCCCUCUCAAAAUGUAAAGGACGUGAAGUUGGAGAGGGAUAAUGUAAACUUGCCUGCUUUUGCAAAGAACCAGUGUGACCAACACUUAACCUAUACUGAUACACGAAAGAGCUAAAUAUAAAACACUAAGGGAUUUAUUAGACUUCAUUAAAAUAAUGUGAAUAUUAUUAUUUUUUAAAUCUAUAGUUGACAUUUUAUAAGCACCAAUUAUGUAAAGUAAGCUUCCUCAAACAUAUUAACAACUUAAAAGGGAUGUGGCUAGAUUUAUAGUGAUUUUCAAUAUGAUAUUUCUCUAUCUAUCUAUCUAUCUAUCUAUCUAUCUAUCUAUCUAGAUAUCUAUACACACAUACACAUUACAAAACCCCUAAUAACAGUAGUUAGGAAGUUUAUGUAGAGAAAGUUCAUGAAUACGGUUUAUAUUAGAAACAGCCGCUUUAUAAAAUGCAUUAAUAGUACCAUUUCACUCGCUCACUGUUUAUCAACAGGUAUUUUCAAAUGUCUCUGGUAACUCCUUGAGUUGACAGAACAGCCCUUUUAUAAACAGCUGGGAUUUCUCUAACCACAAUCUCAGUUUGAUCAAAGCCCUCCGUGUGCUCGUACAGCAAGUGUUUGGCUGCCCUGCUCGUAAGGAGAGUUGUGUGGUUUGUCCUGGUCAGCACAGCUGCAUCCAUCCAUUCACAGCCGAGACUCCUCCUGAUGGCAGAAGUUAAUGUCAUGUGACAGCUGACUUGUCAAAGGUCCCCAGGUGCUUGUGCUGCUGCCAUACUCAAGAGGGGCUGGAACUCUGACUAUGCCAGUCUCUCCAGAAACGUGACGGACAGCUGUUUUUCCUGGGAGCAAAGACACAAGGAUUCCGUUCUUCAUAUCUCUUACAACCAAAUCUGGGACAUUGGUUCUAUCAUGUUGGUGGAACUGCAGGCUUUAUUGAACAUCAAUAUGAUGAAUUUUACAGAUCACUCCCCCCUCCCUCGUAAUGGAAGAGAAAUGUGGUAUUACCGGUGUGGCCCCCUUCAAACAAAAGCAACAGUCAUGUAAAUUUGAAUGCAUUUGUGUACUACUCCUUAUUUAACAUCUACAGUAGGGUUGUUUCCUUUCACGAGAUAGUGUUGCAAAUCGCACUUCGGUGUAAAGAUCUUUAUUAAUCUGAUCCAUUGGGUGUGAUUUCCACUGUAAGCUAUUUGUCCGAUCAUAUACAGUACAUUGACAGUGAUGGGCAAAUUGCCCACAUCAGAUAAUAUACCCAAAUAGCUGCAAACAGAAUGGUAUCACAUACAGCUAAAAACAAGUAUUGAAAAGGUAGUGGGGCAUUGCGGCAGAAGAUACAAACAACUGUAUGUACGAUCAGCUGAUCAAGUGCUGUACCACACAGUUACUGUGUGUUUUACUGUGCUGUUCAAAAAUACCUUAUGCACUAAAAUGUUGCUGUCAGUUUAUCAACUAUACAUUUUAACAAGUAUGUUAGAAGAUGUAUUGUCCAUCAGAACAGUACAUACGAAAUUAGCGCUUCCUUGUCAUGAAGAAGUAUCUCACAGAGACCUAAAUCCCCUGCCUGUACAUGCAAAAAUGUGUGACAUCAUACUGAGACGCAACACAUCCCAGCGCUGCUGUGCUACCCGUGUGUGACAUCAUACCGAGACACAACACAUCCCAGCGCUGCUGUGCUACUCGUGUGUGACAUCAUACCGAGACGCAACACAUCCCGGCGCUGCUGUGCUACUCGUGUGUGACAUCAUACCGAGACGCAACACAUCCCAGCGCUGCUGUGCUACUCGUGUGUGACAUCAUACCGAGACGCAACACAUCCCAGCGCUGCUGUGCUACUCGUGUGUGACAUCAUACCGAGACGCAACACAUCCCGGCGCUGCUGUGCUACUCGUGUGUGACAUCAUACCGAGACGCAACACAUCCCGGCGCUGCUGUGCUACUCGUGUGUGACAUCAUACCGAGACGCAACACAUCCCAGCGCUGCUGUGCUACUCGUGUGUGACAUCAUACCGAGACGCAACACAUCCCAGCGCUGCUGUGCUACUCGUGUGUGACAUCAUACCGAGACGCAACACAUCCCGGCGCUGCUGUGCUACUCGUGUGUGACAUCAUACCGAGACGCAACACAUCCCGGCGCUGCUGUGCUACUCGUGUGUGACAUCAUACCGAGACGCAACACAUCCCGGCGCUGCUGUGCUACUCGUGUGUGACAUCAUACCGAGACGCAACACAUCCCGGCGCUGCUGUGCUACUCGUGUGUGACAUCAUACCGAGACGCAACACAUCCCGGCGCUGCUGUGCUACUCGUGUGUGACAUCAUACCGAGACGCAACACAUCCCAGCGCUGCUGUGCUACUCGUGUGUGACAUCAUAACUAGAUGCAACACAUCCCAGCGCUGCUGUGCUACUCGUGUGUGACAUCAUACCGAGACGCAACACAUCCCGGCGCUGCUGUGCUACUCGUGUGUGACAUCAUACCGAGACGCAACACAUCCCGGCGCUGCUGUGCUACUCGUGUGUGACAUCAUACCGAGACGCAACACAUCCCAGCGCUGCUGUGCUACUCGUGUGUGACAUCAUAACUAGAUGCAACACAUCCCAGCGCUGCUGUGCUACUCGUGUGUGACAUCAUACCGAGACGCAACACAUCCCAGCGCUGCUGUGCUACUCGUGUGUGACAUCAUAACUAGAUGCAACACAUCCCAUUGCUGUUGUGCUACUCGUGUGUGACAUCAUACCAAGACGCAACACAUCCCAGCGCUGCUGUGCUACUCGUGUGUGACAUCAUACCGAGACGCAACACAUCCCGGCGCUGCUGUGCUAAAAAAUACAUUUUGGCUGUGAUCUGUAUUUUUUGUAUUUAAAUAAAACCACUUCCCGGUCUGAGAGUCAGGUAUGUACAGUAAGCUCUAAUGAUGCAAAUCUGGCAUUGUUUAUAUAAAACAUGUGGCAGGAUAAGAUAAUUGUCCUUUGUUUCUAACAUUAAAACAUACAUUGUAGAGUUGAAACCUGCAUUCAAAUGAAUAGAUUAUUAUCCGUACAUUAUUAUUCUUUGUAGAGUCCUGUCCGAUGAUGGGGCAAUAUUAUUAAACAUUAUAAAACUGUACUUCACCUCAAGAAGUUACUUGCCUUAAAUUGCUUUGGUAGGACUAUUUCAAUUCAAUAAUAUAAGCCUAAACUUUGCUACACCUCAUUCGACCUGAUAAGUCAAUUGACAAGGCGGUUCCUUAUAUUCUCAGUUGUUACAUGUGUAGUCUUCAACCAUUUCCAUUGAAUUCCAUAAUAAGUGGUGCAAAGUGGAGUAAACUGACAACACAAAUCUGCAUCCUUUCACAAGUGUCUUCUUUGGGGUCCGCUACGAGCCCAGGAUUCUACGGGAAGAACAUUUCAAGUUGUCUUUUAUAAAAUGAACCUGUAUUUUGUAAGAUUAAACCUGGUGUUUUGGCAAAGUUAAAGACACUGUGACCCAACCCAAGCCUUUCUGAUCUGGGUUCCUCCUGGAUCUACAGCAUUUGCACCCCUUUUUAAAAGCGUAAGCUGUGCAUAAGAGAUCCUAAGUAACAUUAUGUGUUUUUGUUUCUAGUUUUAAAACACUACAUGAUUAUUUAUUUAUUAAAGACAGAAGGGGUACACACUUUACACAAGAGCAAAAGCAGAGUACAUACAGAAAUAAUAAACACAAGAAUGUGUUAUUAAAAUAAGAAAUGAAGAAACAAAAACAAUUUAUGUAUCAACAAGGUUAAACUAUAAAGCAUCUGUAUAAUCUAUUAAAGUGACCAACAGUGGGCACUACAAGAAAGAGAAAACUAACAAAACACGAUACAGCAUAUAUUAUUCAUUAUAUCUAUGUUUAAUAUUCAGAGUAUUUUUUAUUAACUUAUUCACUUUUAAGACAGCAGUGGAGAUACUAUACAUCACUCUCCUAUAUUUUCCUCUGAUCAGAAACACCUGGGAACUUCCAGGCAUGUGUGGUCUGAAGAGAAACAGAAGCAGAAUAUAUUACUUAAUAUCCAGAAGUGGAGCAGGAUGCGCUAAUAGUUUUGGCAGUUGCUUGGAUCAAAAGGUUCAAAAUGCUACCAAAUGAAUGCGUUUCUGUACAAAAAUGGAUCAGCAAAACAUGAAUGACUAAAUAUAAUUUGUUCCAGUUUGAAGAAAUGUAGUUGAAUGUGAUUCUGGGACGCUAUUUUUUCUUUAUUAUAUCUGUGUGAAGUUUAUGAAGUUUGGCGUUCUACUGAUGUUAUAACGAAAUAUGUUGCAUCUUUCAUGUUUAAAUGCUGCUAGCUGAAUUAACUAGUUAUGAUGGUAGGAAAUCUAAAUGAAGCUGCUAGUGUUUAGGGUUGUAUACUUGUUAAGUCUUAUAUUUAAACACGUAUGUAAUGUAUAUUGCUUUUAAUCAUUGGCUUUUAUAUUUGUAAUGUAUCUUAUAUUUCAUCUUUGAAGUACUGAGGCUGUAACAUUGUAUUGUACUGCACUGGUUAAUGCGUUUAUUGCUUCAUUUUAAACAUUGUUAUUUGUUUUAAUAUAAAAAUUAUUCAUAUUAAAAUUGCCAUAGAAAGCAA